AGAAUGGAAGGGUGCAAGGGCUAGAGAGAUAGGUGAAGGAUAUAAGUUUUUCUAUUGUGGAAGUGACGGCAAGAGAAGUGGUGUAGGUUUUGGACAACAGGCUGAAAGAAUGUGUCGUAGAUGACUAAUCGUGGCCACCUCAACCUUCGACACCUGGCAAAAAGAGAAAACCAAGUUUAAAAAAAAUAAAGCUCGACAGCUUUGACUUGGUCGCUCUAAGAAACAUUGUCAACAGUUUCUACACAGUCAAAAAAGAAAUACCUACGCUCAAAAAAUUAUUAGCAGCUGCCAAAAGGGAUUUGAAUUUUCCAGGUGGAAGAACUACAUUGCGACUCAUUUUAAAAAACGAAUUGGGGUACAAGUUCAAAAAAUGCAAAAAUGCCCGAUAGGUUUUAAUCCAAAAACCCGAUAUUGCAGCUUGGAGGGCUAGAUACUUGCGGCGUAUGAAGAAAAACAACGAACUUGGAGCAGACAAGAAACCAGUCACGUAUUUGGACGAGACAUGGAUUAAUUCCCACUACACUGUGAGAAAGUGCUGGCAGAACAGUUCUGAUGCCAGUGUAAUGAAAAAUACGAAUCCUGGUCAACGCUGGAUUCUCGUGCAUGCGGGUGGCGAAAAUGGCUUUGUCCCUGGCGCAGAGUUACUCUACAAAUGUAAAAGUAAGACAGGUGAAUACCAUGAUGAAAUGGAUACGAUCAAUUUUGUUAAGUGGCUUAAUGAAAAAUUAUUGCCCAACUUGCCUCCAAACGGCAUAGUUGUAAUAGACAACGCACCAUGCCACUCGAAACAGGCAGAAAAAGUCCCGCACCAAACUGCAUUGAAGAGCGAGAUGCAAAAUUGGCUUACCAGUCAGAACAUAACCUUUAAUCCAAAAAUGACGAAACCCGAGCUAUAUCAACUGAUCAAAGCAAACAAGCCAGAAAAAAAAUAUAUUGUGGACGAGUUGUCUAAAGAACAUGGGCACGAAGUCGUACGUCUGCCACCCUACCACUGCGAUUUAAAUCCAAUCGAAUAUAUUUGGAAUCUGGUCAAACAAAGGGUGGCAGACAAAAACAUUGACCAGUCUGAAAGACAAAUAGAGAAAUUAACAAAAGAAGCCAUACAGUCAAUAACAGUGGAAGACUGGAAGAAAGAGAUCAAUCAUGUGCAGAGAUUAGAAAACGAUUUCUGGGAGAAAGAUCGUCACCAAGAAGAUCAAGUGAGACAAUUCGUGAUAUCACUUGGAGGAGAAGACAGCUCAUCGGACAGCGAAACAGACGAAGACGACACAGAUAACAGUGAGAUGUCGGGUGUAGAAGAAUUAGCCGAUGAUUAGAUAAUACACUAUUAUUUAAAC